UUUAUACAGUCGUCGCUUAGGAAUUGUAUCUUCAGACUGCUCUAAUUGCAGAUUGCUGUCCGUGUCUUCAGGACUUCAAGAAGUUAAGUUGAGAAUGAAAUUUAAUUUUAAAGAGUUUUAUAUUUUGUACUGUACCUUUAAUUUUGGGUAGUUUCGCGUUGAAAUGCGUUGUCGUAUGUUAAAAACAUAAGGACAUAUUCUACACUUGAAUCUAUAACGAUCAGUGAUUUCUUCAACGAUCAAUACAUUGUUACAAUCAGGACAAAAGAGCAACAUUUUGAAUGAUUAAAGAUAUAAAGUACUAAAUUAUUCAAUGCAUAUUUAUAUUCACUGGUUCCUCAUUUUAUCAAAUACAAAACACUGAAAAACUGUAAUGUGAUUUUAAAUAACAAAAACAUAACCUAAAAGCGACAAAGUAAACUUCCAAAAACCAGAAACAGCUGUUGCCUUUCUCAGAGUUUUGAUUCUGAAAACGCAAAAAUCAAAAAAUAAAAUAAAUUAUUAAUGGUGAUCAAAAAUAAAAUAAAGAAUGUCAGAACAAUAUAAUAUAUAUUUAAACAUUUUUUUGAUGUAGUUGAGUUAAAAAUGCUUCAACUCAUGCACUUCCUGUCAAUCUAGUCAGCAGUGAAUUCAGAGGUGGACGUCGAAAAGAUCUUUCAUUUCCUUUUUACAUGUGGUUAUUUUAGAAAGUUGACGCAUAGGGCUCAAUCAUGCAGAUCUUCGUGAAGACCCUGACGGGCAAGACCAUCACUCUCGAGGUCGAGCCAUCAGACACUAUCGACAAUGUGAAGGCUAAAAUUCAAGACAAAGAAGGAAUUCCGCCCGAUCAACAGCGUUUGAUCUUCGCUGGCAAGCAGCUGGAGGACGGACGCACCCUGUCCGACUACAACAUCCAGAAGGAGUCGACACUGCAUCUCGUGCUCAGGCUGCGCGGAGGUGCCAAGAAGCGCAAGAAGAAGAACUACUCCACCCCCAAGAAGAUCAAGCACAAGAAGAAGAAGGUCAAGCUGGCUGUACUCAAGUAUUACAAGGUCGAUGAGAAUGGCAAGAUCAGCCGAUUGAGGCGCGAGUGCGACAACGACACAUGCGGUGCUGGAGUGUUCAUGGCCGCCAUGGAAGACAGGCACUACUGUGGCAAAUGCAGCAAAACACUCGUCUUCACAUCGCCUGACGAAUAGACAUAUUCCUGUUUUUCAUUUAAUUGCCUAUUAAAAAAAUAAAAACUUA